AUGACGACUGUUGCUACUGCAAGUGUUGAUCCUUCAACAGCAGUAGCUGCAACUACAACUUCAACGACACCUACGACACCUAGCACUAGCAGUACGGCACCUAACACUAGCAGUACAACACCUAUCGCUAGCAGUACAAAACCUAUCACUAGCAGUACAACGCCAAUACCAACGACAGCAGGUAAAAAACGCAAAGCAAGCGAAACAGAAAAUGACGAAAAUCACGAAGACGAAAACUACAACGACCAAGACGAAAACGACGAAAUACCUCGCACGUGUGAAUGGGCAGCAUGCGCAGAAAGCUUCCCCACGUUAGACGACCUAGCACCACAUUUGUUCAAGAAUCAUCUCAACAGCCGAUCGACGGUCGAUUUCCAUUGUCGGUGGGGGACGUGCACUGUCACCUUUGAUGGAUCGGAUGCCCUGCUGAGUCAUUUGACGAACCAUUUAGGCCAGCGGUUUAUUCACGGCUGUCGCUGGAUAAACUGUGGUCAGCGGUUUACUACCUUUGAUGACCUAACAUGUCAUUUGUCUGAAGACCACGUGGGCACUGGCCGAAGCGAAUACAUUUGCGGAUGGGACAACUGCGAUCGUGAAGGAAAGAGGUUUGCUCAGAGACAAAAGCUGAUGCGCCAUAUCCAAACACAUACCGGCGACAAACCGUAUCAAUGUAUACUAUGUAAAAAGCGCUUCUCUGAGUCAAGUAUAAUGACACAGCACAUGCGUACACAUACCGGCGAAAAACCUUACAAAUGUCCUGAGAAGGGCUGUAGCCGGCAAUUCUCCAUUUCCGGCGCUCUGACGAUCCAUCGUCGUGUACAUUCUGGCGAAAGGCCUUUUACCUGUAAAUAUCAAGGCUGCGACAAGAAGUUUGCUGAAAGCAGUAAUUUAACUAAACAUGUACGUGUGCGGCGUGGUUUCUGUGCUCUUUAA